CUCUCCUCUCCUCGCGGCCCACUCCUCCUGCUAAAUGUCCCACAGCCCCACUCAUCUCCAGCUGUCUCCAACCACCGUGCAUCAUUCACACUUCACACCACCCCUUCCCUGUUUCCGAACCCUUCACCUCUUUCUCCCCUCUUCUCCGAACAUCUCCGGCCUCCUUCCCCGCCACCGAUCGAGAAGCCUAAGACUACUGAAGCGCGUAAGGAGAGCCGUGGGAUGGCCGGAGCUGUGACGCUGCUGCUGCUGCUGGUUGGGUUGGCGGGGCUGUCUGAAGGGCAGGGCCUGGUCCCUGCAGGGUUCAUCAUCUUCGGGGACUCGGUCGUCGACGUUGGCAACAACAACAACCGCCUCACUCCCGUCAAGGCCAACUUCCCUCCUUACGGCCGAGAUUUCAUCGACCACACUCCCACCGGAAGGUUUUGCAAUGGCAAGCUAGCCACUGACUUCGCAGUCGAGAACCUCGGGUUCGCUUCAUAUCCGCCAGCCUAUCUUAGCGAACAGGCCACGGGGAAGAACCUCUUGUCUGGUGCCAACUUUGCCUCGGGCGCCUCUGGCUACUUGGAAAGCACAUCGAUCCUCUAUAAUGUGAUCCCGCUGAACCAGCAGCUGAGGAACUACAAGGAUUACCGGUCCAAGGUGGAGAGGAUCGCAGGGAGGAUGAAUGCGACGGCGCUCUUCACCGGAUCCAUCUACGUAGUGACUACGGGUACCAGCGAUUACGUGCAGAACUACCUCAUCAACCCCUUGCUUCAAAAGGCCUACACUCCGGAUCAGUUUGCCGACUUGCUCGUUCAAAAAUUCCGUACUUUCGUUCAGGCUUUGUACAAAUUGGGAGCUCGGAGGAUCGGGGUGACAUCGCUGCCACCGCUAGGCUGCCUUCCGGCAGCCAUCACGCUGUUCGGGGGUGGCAGCGAUGACUGCGUUGCUCGCCUCAACGAUGAUGCGGCAGUCUUUAACAAGAAGCUCAAUGCAGCUGGCCGGGCCCUGAAGAAGAGCCACCCAAGGCUGAAGCUGGUUGUCUUAGACAUCUACAGCCCCCUGCUCGACCUCAUCAGGCACCCUGAAAAUAAUGGGUUCUCUGAGACAAGGCAGGCGUGCUGUGGGACCGGGACCAUCGAGGCUUCCGUUCUGUGCAACGCGGCGUGGCCGUGGACAUGUGCCAAUGCCACCGGGUAUGUGUUCUGGGAUAGCUUCCACACUACAGAGGCUGCCAACCAGGUCUUGGCAGAUGCCCUCCUCACCCAAGCCAUCCAUCUCAUCUCUUAAGUUAUGAUCUACCAUCAACUUAUCACCGUACUUUGGUAUUGUAUGCCGCUUGAACUGGUAUCCUGUACCUCAAAUUUCAGUCGACUCCCGGUCCCAAAGGGUUGGUGGGGGUCUUGUGGACGGUGCUCCCGCUCCCGCCCACCACUUGCUUCCCAAAUUCAAAGCCAGUAAAUUUCAGUACCCAACUCAGAUUCAAAAUAAAACCUGUUUCUAUCAAUGCACCAAUAUAAUGAACCUGAUUGCUCCACGAGACCCACAUGAAAAUUUUCCAGCAUCAAGAUCAUGAGUGAUCGAAGAGAAAGAGAUAAAGAGAAAAAAAAAAAAAA